AGCACAUUUAAAGUUAUUUACUGGAUGAAAGUCUUCGAUCGGUUUGCUGCUGAGCAAACGUCACGCUGCAAGCGCCACUGCUAUCUCGCCGUUGGUCGAUGAAAUUUGAAACAUGACGGUAAUCAGCAUGUGAUGUGCUCAAAGGUAGUGUGGCAUAAUCUUCUUGAAUUCUGGACAUCUGAAAAAAUAUCCUAUCUCCGUCUAGAACGUUUCUAAAGAAAUGUCCUCAGAGUUCACUAUUGAUAUUCAGUUAACUGAACUGGGAUUCACAAGCUGGGACCUCCCUCUCUGUCAGCCGCCCAGUGGAAAGGAGACAUCCUCGCCUCCACCCACAGAGAGUCCCGCCUCCGUCAGUGAAACCACUCCUACAUCAGAAAGCCCCUCCCCUCGCCCAAACAACGAUGAGGACAGAGGAACGGUCGGUUGUGCUCAUCAGUAUCGCACCAGGCCUGCUAAUUCAGCACAGGAAAAAGCUGUACAGAUAAAGCAGCAGCGAACACUUGGAAAGGAUUCCAGUUCUGGUGCUCAGGUACCCAGACAUUCCAAAAUUCCCGUUCAGGCUCAUUCUGGAAGUGGUAAAACCUGUAAAACUCCUCAGUCUCAAUCCAGCAAACAUGUCACCACCAUCAGAAAUGACUUUGGUAUUGACAUAAAGACCUCCGUCCUCCAGUCUAGUGUCGCUACUUCUCACAGUUCAAAAGCGUUUGCAACACAGAACGAUGAGGUACAAGAUGAAGGGAGUAAAGAGGGGCGGGAUGGAGGAAACCGGCAGGAUGAUGUUGAGGGGCGACAGGAAAGCGCAGGUACGGAAUGGAACGGCACGGAUGAGCUGCAAAAAGAUGGGGACGAAUCCGACGACAGUGAAGUUUCGGAGGAAGAGGACGAUGAUGAUGAGGACGACGAAGAUAAUGAUGACGAGGAAGAUGUUGUUUCCUCAGAAAUGGACGCAUCUGGAGAGCAUCGUUGCUACGUCUGUGAUGUCACCUUUCCCUCAAUGUUUCUGCUCCAAGAACACAUGCACGUGCACAACGGGGUGCGCCCGUACUGCUGCGCUGAAUGCAACAAGCAGUUCUGCCAUCUCGCCAACUACCGAGCGCACCUGCGCACCCAUGCUGUAUCACCUGCCAUACGCUGCCUGGUUUGCCAGGCAAGCUUUGAUACGGAGGAGCACUUGCAGGUCCACCUGGAGAACAACCACUUCGAAAAAGAGUUCUACCAGUGUGACUUUUGCAAACGAAUCUUCACUUGCAUAAUACAGUGCGAGCUGCAUGUGGAGAAGCACAAACGAGAAGCGGAGCACCAGUGCCCAAAGUGCCGCCGCCAUUUCCGCCUGAGGCGGUCCCUGCGACGGCACGUGAAGCACCGGAGGUGCUACCUCACUUACUCUUGCACGGACUGCGGCCAGAGCUUCGGCAGGAAGGACGCCCUUCUGCGACACAGCUUCACCCACCUGGGUCUGCUUCCGUACACCUGUGUCGUCUGCAAGUGCCACUUUCGCUUGGCGUCGCUCUACCGCAAGCACAAGUGCAAGCCCGAGCGCAUCCAGUGCGUCGCUUGCCUGGGUGUCUUCCAGAGUCAAAAUGACUUCGACAAACAUAAAAAGGACACGGGUUGCUGGGGUUACCAGGGCGCUCGGCCAACGGGCAACAGAGACGAAAUUCGGUGCAUGGAGUGCGGUCAGGCCUUCAACAACCCGGAGGAGCUGAAGAAGCAUGCCGGGACCCACCAGAGAGUGCUGAAGUGUGCUGAAUGCGGGAUGGGGUUUCGCUCGAAGCUGAUGCUGAUGUCGCACAUGGGCGGCCAUGCGGGCCAGCGUCCGUGCCUCUGUCAGGACUGCGGACUGGGCUUCCCACAUCAGCAGGCUUACGAUAGUCACCUCAAGGACUGUGGUACUAAGCCCCAUCCAGUGGCUGAAACACAGAAAAAAAAAGCAGAAGACCCGCUCAGCUCAGGUGACAAAUAAAAUUCCCAUUGCGCCAAGGUCCUUGUCGUUUCCGG